UAAUUUACGGAAUGAAUAAGUUACCAACAUAACAACAGUACAUUUGAAGUUUAAUGCGACAAAAUUAAAAUCUUAGGUAGCUAAACGAUUCAGUGCAAAGCGGACGCUUUUUAUUUUUGUAGGAUUGUAUUUUUUUUUGUUGCAGUAUUGGUAUCUAAAGUGCUCCAAACUUAUUUUGUUUGGAUACGCUACGAUGUAUUUGACAUUGACAGCUUGCUUUGGCUUGCUUGCUCCUCAGCCAGCUGAUCAUCAUCCAUCUCUGCUCGGGUACAAAAAAGAUAACAGAAGGCUGCGAUUUGUGAAUGUGAAGUUGUUACGAAAUUGUGUUAAAGUGCAUCUAGGUAUUCUGGAUUUGUAAAAUGGUUUCUAGCUAUACUUACUGUUUGUUUGAUUAGUUGUCUUCCAUUCAUCAUCAGAAGAAAAUAUAUUUCAUACUUCGUUUAUCCCAAGGAGUCAAUUAUUAUUCAUACACACAGUCAUUAAACAACCAUUUUGCAAGUCUAAUAUGCAGAAGCACAAAAAAGAUCUGCCUUCGGUCGUGAAGUGAACCAGUCUGAACUAGUAGUGUGAGCACGAGUGCUUGAGACAUGCGAACUUUUUUGCACAAAAAUGGAGGAAAAAAAGAGAAGUUAUUAUAAUUGUUCAGUGGAAGGCUGUUUAAAUUCAACAUUAAAUUGUGAUUUGUCGUUUUUUAAUCUACCACUUAAUUCUGAGAGGCGAAAUGAGUGGCUAAGAGUGAUCCACAGAGAAGAUUUAAUAGAUUCAAGUUGCUUUCGUACUCGCGUAUGCGAAGCUCAUUUUCGUCCUAACUGCAUUUUAAUUCAUGCAAAUCGAAAAUCGUUAAAAAAAACAUCAAUUCCGGAGCUGCUCCUACCAUUACCGAAAAAUUUUGCAAAUAAAGGAAUUCAAGCUAUUUUUGAAACAGCCGAUGCAAAUGUUCAAUGUGAUUAUGAUUCUCAAACAAAUGCUCAAGAGGAAACUUUAUUAUACCUUUCAAAAGAUAUUCCUCAAAAAAGAAAACCUUUAAGUGAAGCCAAAGUUGACAACCCUAGCCGGACCGCCGAGAGUAGACGAGGUCAAACUAUGCCUGUUACUGAACAAGGUUCAAACACGAGCAUUUCAAAUAUUAUUCUUGAUUUGGAAGAAGAAACACCACGCGAUCCAAAUGAAGAUUUUCAAUCUAUCUACAAUAAGCAACCGGACACGCCCAGGACAAAUAUCACACAAGACCCUUUAAUAUCAACUAAUACAACUUCUCCUCAGUGUUCCAAUAAUUUAGAAACAAAUAAACAAACCGUAACCGAUCACAUACCCACAUCGGAUUUGAUGAAGUUCCUGGUUGAACAAAAAAAUAAAGAAAAGAGAGACGAAGACAUAGAAAGGUUCUUUAAAAGUAUAGCGGCGACUGUGAAAAAGUUUUCGGAAAGACAUCAAGCUAUCAUAAAAAACAGCGUAUUCGAAUGUGUUUCAAAAAUAGAAAUGAAGGAAAUUGAUGAAAAGGAGCAACGACACAACGAAGUAGCAGACACACGCCACGAGCAACCCGAGCAGCCUGAGCAAUUUGUGCGAUGCGGUCUGUGCAAUAUAGCAAUAACUGGGUUUGUUUACGCGUGCGUGCAAUGCGGCGAGCGCGCGUGCGGCGCGUGCGACGCUCAAAGGCGCCACACGAGGCACCACGUGAUGCGCGCGCCUUGCGGAAGGUUUAAGCUAGUUUGCACGCAUCCCUGUUAA